UGCGCCUGCGAGAAGACGGAAGGAUCAAGCCAUCAUCAAGGAAGAUUAGAAUUUGGAGCCAGGACCCACACCAAGUCUCUAGAUCCCUUGCCUCUUGGGGCAGUGGGGAGGAGAAGAUCUGGUAUGCUGGCUGUUGAUGGAAUGACUUCUUCUGGUCCAGGUUCCUGGUUCACCACAGAGGAUGCAAUGAGGAAACCAGUGCAUUCGAAGCCGCCUGUGUCGCUGGGUAUGUACAGGAGCAUGUACAAGAAGGAGUACAAAUGGCAUGAGGAAAACAAACCACCCACUGAGGAGGACGUGAAGAAGCUCAGAGCCAAGGAGUUUGCCGUGCCCCAAGAGCCACGGGCAAUGCCAUACUAUGACAAAGCUCUCGGGGAAGGGAGGGAUGUCACACAAAGUGAGAAGCAAGAAGGCAUUGACCUCAGUCCCAGUGUGCUGCAGCAGGCUCAUGAAGAGCAGAGAAAGCACUUCAGUUCAGACCUCCCCCUUGCAGAAAGCCGUGCACCAAAGCAGUACCUCACCACUGAACUGACAGCAACCCAGGCGGACAGACCAGAGAAGCCACAGGCUUUCAGUGGGCUGGAAAAGGAACUGUCUUCUUCCCAGCACCUUCAAGCUGCUGUUGGUGGCCCAGGAGCAACAGGGAUGUUGCUGUAUAGGCAGAAGCUGGAUCCCACCUGGGGUACCUACCAGCACUUCAUGCUGGAGACAGGCCAGGCCCUGCGAGAUGAGGCUCAGCAAAACAAGAAUGUGGCCCUGUCCUCAUCGGUUUUGAUGGAAGAGUGCUGUGACCAUGACUGCAGAAGUACCUACAGCACCGACUUCCAGCACCAGCCUGCAGCCUGCACUGGAAGCUGUAUAGCAAAUAAGAAUCUAUCUCACAUUUUCACUGAAGAUGAACGCUUCCACCACAACCACUGGGUGUCUGAGUACAAGGACAACUACAGCAUUUACUUGCAGAAGCUGAACUGGGCAUCUCAAGGCCACACUGCAGAGCUUGGCUCUGCCUUGAAGCCCCAAGGGCUGCCUUCCCAGGGUGAGGUUUCACCAGACACAGCCCAGUGAGUGCUGCUGCACGCUCCCUGUUCUCCAAGCUGAGGGAGAUUUUCCACCAGAGAUCCUGGAAGCCUGGAAACCUCUAUUCCAAACCCACCGUUACCAAAUAUUUUUCAAGUGUCCAGCAGAAACGUUUUUACACACAUAUUUCAUGAAGAAACCUGAGCUUUCCUCAUUGUCAGAAAUAGAAAGGGUUUUUUGGACAGUGCAGAACUAAAAGCACUCAUCAAAGUUAAGUUUAUGUACUUAUUAAAAAAAAAUCUGUGUUCAUUUACUGUCUUAAAAGCCUUUUGAAUGUUACUGAGAGCAGCCAGCGUUGAUUUUGCUGUGUGUUUUUGGGGUUUAGGGUAAUAUCAAGGAUUUGUGGAAGGAGCGAGGCUGCUACCAGCCUGAAGGUGGCAUUGCAGGGCUGCAGAUGCAUGGAAGGUUCUGGGAAUGGCUGGUGGCCCUGAUCCCACCCAGCUCUGCUUUGGGAUCUUUUGAGUGGGCACCAAAAG